CACUAUCUGAAGCUCGUCGUUCUGCUUUACUCAUUGGAGUUCCAUGUUGCCAUUCUCUACCCGUCUGCAAUCUACUGAACGCCUCUUCUUUGCUCGGCUUUAACAGGAAUGAAUACCACGGCCGAAAAGAAGUGUCGGCCAAGAGACAUUUUAUAAUUUUUAACAUGUACAUUGUCUUAGAUAUUUGAUUAGAGAGACCAUUCGGAAUGAAAUUGAAAGCCGGCCGCAUACAUUUUUUUGUGUUUCAUCGACACCGUGGAGCUCAAGGGGGAUAUGUGCCUGACUUAUAGCCAUUUUUUUGCAGACAAAGAGAGCUACUGAGUACUGGUUAUAAAAGACAAAAGGGGCUUGGUCACUAUCCAUGGAAAAAGUGGGCAAGAUGUGGAGCAACCUGAGGAGCCGAUGCCAGACCCUCUUCCACAGCGACAGUGCGGGACCCAGUACAGAGAACAGCGUGUUGGAAGAGGACAGUAUGAACUGUGUGGCGGACCUGGGACGGGGAUGCACUUCAGGCGACGCCCAGGCAUCUCGGGCCUCCAGCCAUUCCCGAAGCCUCUUGCCGCUUCCCGGGGUUACUGGAGGGCGACGUCACAACUGUGUGUCAGACAUCCCCCAGAUGGUAGAGAGAACCACAGACAGAAAGGACAAUGAGGAAGCGAGGGGGGUUGCUGGGGGAGUCCCUAUAGGCCGGAGAGACUCGUACUCGCGCCAUGCACCUUGGGGGGGCAAGAAAAAACACUCAUGUUCCACUAAGACCCAGAGCUCCAUGGAUACAGACAGGCGGUCGGGGCACACGCGCGGUGCCGCUGGGCGAAAGGAGCGUCGCUACGGGGUCAACUCCAUCCAGGAGAUGGAUGACUCUGGAGACGGGGGGCGUAGUCUGAGCACCCGCUCCCUGCGCAAGCGGCUUAGCGACACAGUGGGCCUGUGUCUCCCCCUUCCCCCCCGCCGCCGCUCACUCUCCUCCUUCCAAACCCCCACCAUCUCCAAGCGCAAGAUCCACCUGACAGAACUGAUGCUGGAGACCUGUCCCUUCCCCCAGGGCUCGGACCUGGCCAACAAGUGGCACCUGAUCAAGCAGCACACAGCGCCCGUCAGCCCGCAUUCCUCAACUACUCUGCUAGACGCCUUUGACCCGGUCCACCCCUCCCCUGAGGACGAGGAGGAACGUCUGCGCGAACGCCGCAGGCUCAGCAUUGAGGAGGGAGUGGACCCCCCACCCAACGCCCAGAUCCACACCCUGGAGGCCUUGGCGCAGUGCUCCUCUCUGUACAAACUGGGACCAAAGAUGGCCCCCGGCAUUGCAGAGGCCUCUGCGGAGGGCACGACGGCCAGCUGCUCAGGAGGGGCGGCUGGGUCGUCGUGCUCGUCGGUGCAGGUGCUCGGAGGGGCUACAGCCCAGCUGGCUGACUGCGACUCGGAGGAGGACUCCACCACCCUUUGCCUGCAGGCCCGGAGGCCUAAGCAACGCCACACGUCCGGGGAUGGUCAUCUGAGCCGCAACCAGUCUGGGCCCUGGAAGGUGCACACCCAGAUCGACUACAUCCACUGCCUGGUACCGGACCUGCUUCAGAUCACUGCGCUGCCCUGCUACUGGGGCGUGAUGGACCGCUACGAGGCAGAGGCUCUGCUGGAUGGCCGGCCAGAGGGCACCUUCCUGUUGCGCGACUCGGCCCAGGAGGACUACCUGUUCUCGGUCAGCUUCCGUCGCUACAACCGAUCGCUGCACGCCCGCAUCGAGCAGUGGAACCACAACUUCAGCUUCGACGCCCACGACCCCUGCGUGUUCCACUCGUCCACCGUCACGGGCCUACUGGAGCACUACAAGGACCCCAGUGCCUGCAUGUUCUUUGAGCCGCUGCUCACGGCGGCUCUCCACCGGACCUUCCCCUUCGGCUUGCAGCACCUAGCCCGCGCUGCCAUCUGCCGCCGGACCACGUACGACGGCAUCGGCGCCCUGCCGCUGCCCCCGGCCCUGCAGGACUUCCUCAAGGAGUAUCACUACAAACAGAAAGUGCGCGUGCGCUGGCUGGAGAGGGAGCCGCCACUCAAGGUCAAAUAGAGGGCGGUAUCUGGCGACCUGUGCGCCGCGGACGGAGUUGAAACAGAAAAAUGCCUGCCAAUCAGGAGAGGCCAUACUGAAUGAACAUAGCACUACUCAGUCAGGCAAGGAGGGGUAACUGGAGAAACAAGGAGUUAGGUGAAGUGAGCGAUCCAAGAUUCACUCUAAUCUCGUUAUUGUUUUAGUUAUCAUUUACAUCACUUGGGAUACAUUUGUAUCAUUAUAUUCAGUAUAAUGCUGUCUGGCAAGCACACAUGUUUUUAAUGUUGAACAGGUUCUGAAAGGGAGCGCACAAGCCUUCAUGCUUUGUGUCCCUCUCGCCUCUUUCAUUCUGUCAAGUGUCUGCCUGAUCCCACAGCAUGAGCUGCUUGCAUGCCCCCUCAUCCCCCCCAGUCUCUGUCUAGGCCCACAUGGUUAGCUAGCUAUGUUGUACAGUUCACUCGUGCUUUCUGUCCUUCCUUUUCCAUUUUCUUGAUCAAGCGACUAUACUGCCUGGCGGGCAUCGUUAGGCCUCAGGUGUAAUGUUAAUCAUCGCUCUCCUGGGGGGGGGGGGUUGCUGCAACUACAACUCCUGCUGCGAGUAAGUUAGGGCCCGUUUUGUCCUACAGACACGCACCCCGACAUCAUGCAUCAUUGAGCAGGCCUAUGUCUAAAAAAAUUAUUUUUUAAAGGUGCUGUUUAGAGGUUCUGUCCUGUAGGUCUUCACCCCAAGGGCAACGCGGAACGUGGCCACGUUCAAGGGUGCUGCUACUACAUCCUGCUUCCGUACACCUAUAGGGAGCAGGGCAUACUCAGGAGUGGGUGUGGUUACAGCGACUCCUGGGCUUUUUGAUAUCCUCACUGUGAUUUCUCUAAGCAUGAAUCAUCGGCUCCCACCACUACUGUGUUGCCACAGAAGUGCGUUUCUUAUAAUGGAACAAUACUAACAAUAUUUGUUCUAGUUCUUUUCUCACGUCUGUCAGUGGCUCAAACUGGCAUCAGAGCAGGCACUUUAACUUGGUCUGGUUUGUUUCUGGUACUGUGUUCUGCCUUCAUGGUGUCACACUGUGCCAUCCUCAGGGUUAAGUUGUUAUAAUUCAGGCCCAUUGUUAGGUCAACAAUUGAGCCCAAUGGUAGAGCGAAUGCCAAGAGUGUGUAAAUAUGUUAUCAAGGCAAAGGGUGGCUACUUUGAAGAAUCGCAAAUAUUAACUGUAUUUAGGUUAGGUUACUACAUGUCGGUGACAGCCGUGCGGCCCAAGUAGGCAACGGCAUGGGGAUUUUGUCUUCAGUCUCAAAAACCUGUCUGGGACAGCUAAAUUGUGGCCAAAUCGUGUAGUGUACACCCAGCUUAACCUAACUAAACUGACCAAGACGUUACUCAAACAACAUGUAUAUCUCUUACAUAAUUCUACCCAAAAACAUUGACAAUUUUUCACCCAGUGGCGUAUGGGCUAUUUAGGUAUGCGCUGAUGCCACCCAGUGAUUAGCAGUAGGCCUACCCAGUUUAUCAAAGGCAGGGGGCGCAGAAUAUUGUCCAUGCCCAGCGCGCUUCACCGGUGCAGCACUCCACCAAUGUUCAGUCAAAAAAGUAUCCAACAUAAAUCGUGUAGCCAAUCGUAGAAAGUGGCGUUUUCUGUAGCUUACAUGCUGGAGAUCAAACGUAUGUCAAUGUCAUGAGACGGACCCUUUACUCUAUGCAGGUUUCUCCGAUCAAAUAGCCUAACCUAAAUGGCACACAAUCACAUGAAAAAACGCUCGUCGACGUAUGACAUGUUAACAAACAACAUUUCCAAAAACGGGACGAGUCAAAGUCAAAUGGACAAUAUCUGGAAAGGAAAAUCAAGCUACUCACAGCUAAUGUCCGCCCCUUAUGUCACCCCUUAGGCUAAAUUGACAUGAUAAUCAGCGAUUUUCACGUUUGUAUUCUUCCAUUUUUUUGGAUGAGCUGCAUCAUAGCGAAACAAGAAAGACUUCUGCAUUUCCCGCUGUGUGAACACACGGAUUCUCCUUGUAAAUAGGCUGAGGAUAACUCCUGAUGAAGUUGGGGUAGCUUAUUCAGAGCUUAAAUAGCCCAAAUAAUUAGUCACAGGAAUCAGGACUAAUAAUGCCAAUGCAACUGCCUGUUUUACAAACGGUAGGCCAACCACAUGGAUGGGCAUUCAUAAAAUUCCAUUGCGGGCCAACAUUGUAAGGGAGGGCGGACAUUUUUAUUGGUCUCAUCUAGGGCGGCAUAAUGGCCAGGAAAGGGCCUGCUUCACAUUGUCACUGCUAGCCAUGUCCUAUAAUAACCCAGCAUAUUGUGAGAGCUGGCAUCAGGAAGAGAAAUACAACAAAGCAUAACCUAUGUGCCUUUCAUAGAGCCUCCUGUUUGAAUCCAUACUUUCUAGGUCUUUAAAAAAAAAAUCUACUUUGAACUCUUGAGCCUGGCGCAUGGAAUACUCCAGCAGCACUUCUCAUUCAUGUAGUCCUUUAAAUGAGUGCGAGGAGGAAAACGAAUGAUGAAGAACAGUGAGCUCCGAGCUUGCUCUCUAAUGUUCAUUGGUGCACAUUUUGAUUAAAAAAAUAUAUAUUUUUCAAUUGAACUUAAUCAAGAACAUUUUGCCAAUCUGUUAGAAUAAUUAGUGGGCUUCACUUAUAAAACUUUUUGGGUUUAAUAGGUGUGACUAGAUGUGUGGGGCAUAGCAGCAUCAGGUCCUGGAGGACUUCGACACUGGACAUGCUUUAGAACUGUACACCUAUAGAGACGCGCAUAGCCACAGGGUCUAUAAAACCUAUGUAACCCUUUGAAAAAUUAGGAAGCCUACAGCUAACAUGUAUAUGAAGAUAUUAUCUGACAAUGUAUACUAAUAUAGCUCUAAACGAAUUAUCGCUGAGAUAUCAGUGGUUCUUUUUAUCCGGGUUAGAAAGGCAACUCUCAAAUCCCUUCUCUCUGAUUUGCAGGGAAGAUGUUUGUUUUAACUACCUGACACAAAUCAGGUGUGUGUGGAGGGUUAUCAGAGACGAGGGACCGUGAAUGAUAAAAUGUGGAAUGAAUGCGUAGGAUUAUCUUAUUCAUGUGCAUCUGUGUCUGUGACCAAAGCGCUGUUAUUCAACGGUGUUGCACACAACCUGUAUUGUUGUCUAGGGCUCUUUUUAAAAUGACAAUACACAAUUUUAUUUCAAAACUUAACAAACAUUUCAAUGGCAGCCAAUCAAAGCUUGGGAUGGAUACAGCAAUUCCAUGGUAACCGAAUUAAGAUGAGACUUUUUUCACUAUUAAAAUCUAUACGGAACAAAAACUUUGAUUUCAAAAUUUAGCAAACCAUAUAACUCUCUCUCCCUCAGUUAAAUUCUGUUACCAAACUUUGCAUCUGCACAAGGACUACUUUUAACAAUUUCCACAGAAAAUGUUUUGUAGGAAGAACUGUGCAGAUGCAAAGUUUGGUAAAAGAAUUUAACUGAGGGAGAUAAUACCGUAAUUAUGUUACCUUUCUUCAUCUGCACAGUUUUUCCAGGAAAUACAUCGUUGUUUUUUUUUACUGUGUAAAUUCUUCAAAGUAGUCAUUGUGCAUAGAGUUGUAUGGUUUGUUAAAUCAACGUUUUUUGUUCGGCAUACAUUUUAAAGUGUGUCUCGGCAUAAUUCAGUUACCGUGGAGAAUUGCCCAUAUCCCAAUAAUGCCUGAUUGGCUGAAGUCUACAGGACAUGCGCUGUUACCAGGUAGAAACAGAGACGAGCCCCCAACGCCUCACACCUCAGUCUUGGAACUGCUUUUAAUGACUAACUCAUUGUUCUAUAAUAACAGUGUACUAAUGAAAGGUCAUGUGUUGUGUGGGUAUGUGUAACGGUUUGGAGGCAGAAGGGUAGGAAAGUGUUUAAUUGUUAAAGGUCGAUGAGUAUAAUGAUCAAAUAAACUAAAUGUUUAAAAAAAUAUAUAUAUAUAUCCCCACCUGCUCUCGUCUCCUAAACCUGGUCUCCUAAAACAAAAUCUGACAACUUACUACAGUGAGUCAGCAACAUUUCCCCCCGCACUUUUUCAGAAAGCUUGAAGAUUGCAUGUUAAAAUGGCCCAUUUGUUAGAUCAGUGACCAUUACUUAAGGGCUGUGGGGGACUGUUUGAAAGAAAUACGUUGGCAUAUAAGUCACUUGCAUGUGCACUUUUAUGUUCUAUGUACACAUCGUCUCUCGAUCACCCUGACAUAUUGUAUGGGCUAUCUGUUAACUCACUCUCCUGCCCACGUACGCUCGCACACACCUACUCUUUACCACCUGUCUAUCAUGCUACGGCCUACUGGCACCCGUGGGCGCUAAUCACUGGCUAAAUUUAUCUCGCCGGGAUUUAAAUGUACCGGGUGCUAAAAGGGCCAUUGUUUCCUAAUGGGUGCUGUUUGACUCUUCGUCAGGGAGACAGUUUUCUCCUCCUGCCUCUCUUUCUCAGACCACAUCCUCAACAUCACCCUGCUAAUGCUGCUGGGAUAAUGUGGAGGGGACUUGGGGCCUGUUGCAGUCUGCUUCCCUUUCACAUGCUACUGCAGCCCCCAGCCCUGUUUGGGAGCCAGGCUAAAGUUGGCAUUAAAAGAGUAGCGCCCCAGUCACACAACCUACCAUUGAAUGCCCAGUUUCCUGCUGUGCUAAUGGGGGGGGGGGGGGGGGGGUUACGGAUUUGUUGAAGUAAUGGCACUUUAAUUGUGUGUGCGUUUUGUGUUUAUUUGUUCGUGAUGAGGAUGUGUGAAUGUGGGUGUGCCAGGAGAAGAUGGUGGACCUGGAGUAUUUCAUUUGUGUUCAUACAUUAUAAGCAAUGUUGGAGGACAUGCAGAUUUCUGUUCUGUUGACCUGCAGACUCACAGGUGUGUGUGUGUGUGUGUGUGUGUGUGUGUGUGUGUGUGUGUGUGUGUGUGUGUGUGUGUGUGUGUGUGUGUGUGUGUGUGUGUGUGUGUGUGUGUGUGUGUGUGUGUGUGUGUGUGUGUGUGUGUGGACAGAGCCACAUAGAGGGGUCCGGUGGAGAGGACGUGGAGUCUGCUGGGAGGGGUGAACCCCCAUGAACAAUGGUUCUUUCCCCCCCUAUUCUCAGGCAGGCCCGCUGUCAGGCUAGUUCCAGGAUCUAUUCUCCACCCCCGUUUUCCCCAUGGGAAAUAUCUGUGACCGUUACACUACUAGCACGUUUGCCAUAUGGCCUGUAGAAGAAACACCCUUGGAUAAUUAAGAAUAAAUUGAAGAUAAUUUUUUUUAACCUGUGGUGCAUAAAAUGUCUGGAACACGUGCACUAAUUUUCACACACACACACACACACACACACACACACACACACACACACACACACACACACACACAAACAAACCCACAUUGAAAUACACACUUGCCUAAUACCAGGGAUGUCUAAAGGACCACAUUUUGCCAGCACCACCUCUGUCUGUGGCCCCAGAAAUGGGAAAACAAAGAAAGGUGUUUACAUGUAUAUUCUGUAUGUAAAAAAAAAUAUAUAUAUAUAUAUAUAUAUAAUUAAAAAAAGAUGCCGUGAAUUUACUAUUUUGAAAAACUAUAUCAGUGGUAGAAAGACACUAUUAGCUGCACUAUAAAAUGUUUGUGGAAAGAAACCACUGGGUCUUGUUAUAAAUCUGAGACAGGCAGGUCAUAUCACCAGCUGUCCCUGUUUGACCACAUCAUGACCCCUGGCUUGGAUCUAGUACUGGAUGUCCCUGGUACGGCUCAUCCUUUCAGCUCUUAGAGGAAAAAUACUGUUUUAUUCUCAUCUUAUCCCCUAUUUUUUAGGAAAGCUGGGUAAAAAUGCUAUAUGCAAAUGGUAAAAAAAAAGAAUGAUGAAUGAUUAAAGUUUAUUAUUUUUCAUUCUUCUCCCUAAUAUGCAAUGGAGUGUACUGUAACAAUGGUUGCAAUCCUCUGUCACUUUAAUGCUGUAUGUGCACAUUGGUUGCUGUGUGGAUGUGGGUGCCAUGGCGAUGGUGACUAAUGGUUGUCAUUCUAAAGCACCAUUGUGUUCUCAGACUGCCUUAUUCAUUCUGACCAAUCACAAGAGUCCUCUGAAAUCUGGGGCCACCACCACAGGCUUACCAAACUUGAGUCAGACGAAUAUCGCUGUUCCAUUUUCUCUUUUUUUUUUUCUCUUUUUUUUUUUUUUUUUUUUACUGCUGUCAGGAAGGAUUUGGAGAGUGUAAAUUACGUAGUCAUGUUCACGUUUCAGUCUUUGUUGUUCUGUGUAUCUGCUUCACCAUUCAGACAGUUGUUUCUUUCCAGUAUAACCUGUUCAUUUUUAAAGAACCAUAUGAUGCGACACUUGUAGCUGUCACUUGGUGCUUGGCUUAUGCUUCAUUGUCUUAAUAUUCCAAAUAAAACUGUUAAGUGUAAUCCAAAAUGGA